AUGCAGUCAGGAGGAGAUGUUGACCGCGCGCUAAGCAGCAUCCGAGCGCGGGCCGACCACCUGCGCCACACGGUCGCGCGCCUAGAGCACAACUUGGCCUGGAACCCGGCCAGCACCUGGCCGGAACUACUGAGCCAGUACAUGGUGAUCUCCAAGCAGCUGGAGAACAUGAAUGAGGAAAUUCCCGACCUGGUGCAGCACUUUGCAUGUGUGCCGAGGAUGUCGACGCCCAACCCAGCUGAUAUUCCAUUGCUGCUGCGCACUCGCGAGGACCCGGAGAUGGAGGAGGAAGAGCGGCAGCUCAUGGCCGACAAGCCGCGUGGGAAGAACACAGAAGCGUUGCAGAAGCUUGUGAUGGCGCAUAACGAUGCGGUCGAGAGUCUGGAAGAGACGUUUAAUGAGAUGUCGGAUGGCCUGCUCAAAGCUAUUCGAGUGAACAAGUACGUGGUCAAGUCCAAGCCGCAAAGUACGCAGACCCAGCAGUUCAAGUACAUCGAGUCCGGCACGUACGAAUAG